AUGGUGGGCCAAAAACUGUUUUCCUUCCCGCCACCCGGGCGGGCCCACUUGCACGAAGAAGUCCUGCAGUCGAUCGAGCAGAGCUCAAGGAAGUUGCGGGUCAUUGCCAUUGUUGGGGAGGGUCGUGCCGGGAAGAGCCAAUUAGGUUUUUUUGCCACAGCUGCCACACCAGAAGCUGUGACAGAGGGUGUGGACAUCGUCCUUGAUGGUGGAAGGCUGGUUUUGGACUGUGAGGGGUUCAACAACGCUUUGGCCUCGAGUCGACUUGAAGUGCUACUCAUAGGCACAGCCUUAGCUUCCACUUUGAUCUUUGUGAUGGACGGGAAACUGUCUGAAGAGGGCCUGAACAUGCUGGCAGGUGCCCUGACUGAAGCUCAGCUUUUGGAAAAACAAUUGCCUACCCGGCUGGUGCUUGUAGUGAACAAAUGCACACUGGAUUACAAGGCAAGUGCUCUGGAAGAUGCCUUGGCGAAGGAUCACGGCCGCAGGGACAGUCGUGAUGCGAUAAAGCGGGCGUUUCCUCGAAGACAUUUUGUGGCAAUCCCCUUCGAUCCGUCAGGGGGAGAUGCUUAUCAGCAGGGUUUGAAUGCGUUGAGAGCCGCUUUGGAUGCAGAAUCGUCUUCGGAACUUGUUUUUGACGGGGCCCGCCUGGCUGGAGCGAUCAGGGGUUUGAGCAUCAAGGUCGGUGCAGGUGACUUCGAUCUUCCCAGCAUACAUCAGCACAUCAUGGGAGAAUUCCUUCAAAGUGAGGUGGAUGCUGCAAUGGAUGGUUUCAUGCGCAGGAUUCCGAAGGUGAUCGAAUAUGAUCCAGAUUUCAAGGUUGACAUUGAUGCAGGCAUUAACCUUUUUGACGCAGCCAUCCAGCGGCUCAGCCUACAUACCUGCUCAGGUCAAGUGCAUCAAUUCCGUGAGCAACUCCAGGGGAAGCUGGAAGAGAGACGAACUGCCAAUGAAGCCCUGGGCAACCGCACAGAACCUUGGAGAGACGUGCUCCGCAGGGGCUGCGCCCUUCUAUCUGCGCGACAGGUGGGCGCGCGUUUGGUGGUGCAGCGGAAGCAAGACCUCAGCCCUUUUCUGUCCUCUCCAAGUGCGAUCCGCUUCGACACACCGGAGCCUUUGUCAGUCCGAUGGAUGUGGAGGCACUUCCACCCAGAGCUGAAUCCGUCGAGCCACGACUUUGCAGCUGUGCUGAACCAGCAUGGCCAGGUCCUUGCUGUGCGUGUGCCCGCGCCCGCAUUGCCUGACGGCGUCCCAGUGCCACGGGGCAAUGCGCGACACAAGGCGGCUCUCAGUGUGAGUUUGCGCUCCGAUGCCUGGGUCGUCGUGGUCUCACAGGAACGCGGGGAGACCAGCGUGGCCUGCGCAGGGCAACUUUGGGAUGUGGGGAGUGCAUUCCCAGAUGAUUCGGAUUACGCAGUGCAUGAACAGCAAAGAAGAGAUUUAUUGUUGAAAUUGGGCUUGCUUUGGGAGAGUCGCCAGAUCAGCAGCAAAGCCAAAGGUUUGGUUUGGUAUGCAGAGGAAUUUCGGUUUCUGGUUGGCAUUCUCGUGCCACCUGGGACCUAUGCCCGACUUGACAUGUGGCCCUUCCGUCGGAUGCCACGGUUCAGCAUCCGCCCGAAGCCGGUGUUGCGCAUGCUGGCGGACGCGCCGCUCGAGUUCCCCGCGCCGCGGCUACGCCCGCGGACGGGAGAGAGCGCCCUGCCGCCGGCCUCCUGGCGGAGGGCGGCGGAGUGGGUGGAUCUGGAGCUGGAACGGGCUGGGUUGCCGGUUGAGGCUGCGGCAGUUUUGGAGUCGCGAUGGGGCUCAGAUGACGUUCCUCAGCCAGAACCCAGUGUCUUAUGGCCUCAGCCAGCCUUGGACGACCAUCGGUCGCGUGGCUUUGCACUGCCAGGUGGCCCGGACAAUAAGGAGACCCAGAAGAAGCAGCUGAAGCAGCUGGCAGAUAAUCAGCAAAGGCUGGAGGAGUUGUGGAAGAUGAGCAACAGUCACGGCAUCAGCUGGGAUGAACUGGACACGGCCUUCGUGGCCUUCGCCAAGGAGGGCAAGAGACGCUACGCGCAGUGGUCUCAAGUGCCACAGGCGGCGAAGGCGGGUGGGGAUUCUGCCAAGGCUGAUCUGCCCAAAGCGGCAAAGAUGAAGCUAGAAUGUGAGGCCAAGGCGAAGGACUUCUACGCGCAGUUCCGCCCCAGCGAUGAGGAGGGCAACCCAGUGGAUCCCAAGCGGAUGUGGCCCAGCAGGGUGCGGCGCCUCGCCGCGCGGCUCUUCGUCCAGGAAAAGAAGAAGUUCCUGGCUCCAUGGGCCCCAGGAAAGCUGACCGGCAACCUGCAGGCACUCGUGGCCGCCAAGAUGAUCCGCCGCGAGACCCACGAGCGCAUCUACGGCUUGGCGGUGCCUGACAAGGAGGAGGAGACGAAGGAGAACUGAGCUGUGAGCCACCGGCGCAGAGAAAAGAAACGAAGACGUAGCUGUGGCUGUUUGGACAGGCCAUGGGAGCGUAUCGGUAUACACCCUUAGAUUCUUCCAAAUUGCAACCAAGCUUGGGCAUUCCAACCAAGCAUCUUGCAAACAUUCCUUUAAACAAAUUCAGAAUGCAUCGGAUUCUGAUCAGCUUUUGGCAGAGAGGUUCUUCCCGUUCUUUCCUUCUUUUGCACGCCCAUGGGGCCAUGAUUGUUGGCGCGUGGCGAACCCCGCACGCACGGAAUGCCGGGCGACGAUUCGUCGGCGGAAUGCCGGCCUUAGACUUACCCUCCAUCCAACAAGCAUGUUCCGGUGGAACACCAAAG